CCGUUGUGCCUGUUUGUUGACAUCCGAUUUUCUAACACUGCGUUGAAGCUAUCCUUGCUGAAUCGUUAAUUUAAAUGGCUUCAAGUUACCGCAAAUCAGCUUCUUCGGCGAGCCAAAGGAAAAAGGCAGGUCCCAAAAUCGAACUGACUGAGGAACAAAAGCAAGAAAUUAAGGAAGCAUUUGAUCUCUUUGACACAGAUGGAACUGGAACAAUAGACGUGAAAGAACUAAAGGUUGCCAUGAGAGCUCUUGGGUUUGAACCAAAGAAAGAAGAAAUCAAGAAAAUGAUUGCAGACAUUGAUAAAGAGGGUUCUGGAACAAUUGACUUCAGUGACUUUCUCGGUAUGAUGACACUAAAAAUGAGUGAAAAGGACUCCACAGAAGAAAUAAUGAAGGCUUUUAGGCUGUUUGAUGAUGACUGCACGGGAAGAAUCUCAUUCAAAAAUCUCAAGAGAGUUGCUAAGGAGCUCGGUGAAAACCUCACAGAUGAAGAAUUACAGGAAAUGAUUGACGAGGCAGACCGAGACGGAGAUGGUGAGGUCAACGAGCAGGAGUUCCUGAGGAUAAUGAAGAAGACCAAUCUUUACUGAACCUGUUGAGUCGUAACACUCUUGAUGUGAGACCUUCUUAAGAUUCACCUUUGAUUCUGUCAGUUUCUACAGUAGCUUUUUAGGGACCUAGAUUUGUUUGGUGUGUAAAUAAAUAUUUCAACAUACUGUAUCUUUGCACAGCUUUUUCUACAAUGCAAGACAAAUAAAUAUAUUUCAUCAUAGUUCGUUUGUCGUAACUUUUACAUACACAUACAGGUGCUAGUGUUGUGCUUAAAUUGCAUAUAAACUAUGCAGUGUGAAAUUGUAGGAGUUCAAUGUGUCCAUGUGCAUAUAAGAAAAGCUCACAUGAUUCACAGUGUUUCAUAAUGUCUCUUUAUUCGAACCCUGUGCAGUACCUGUACAGAUGCUAGUGUAGUGGUUUUGGAAAUCUCAGUGAAGUUGAUUUAAGUACACUGUGUACUGAAC